AAAAAAAAAAAAAAAACUGUUCGUUUAAGAUUUUUUCAAGACCUAAUAGUAUUUUCCCAUCUACCAUAAUGUCUUUUUGUAAAGUGUGAAAAGUAGCCUUAAUGGGCAAGUAAGGUUUCCUUGAUUGCCAAGCAAGUCCGAAGAAUGUCAAUACGUCUAUCUCCUUAUUUUGUGGCAAGAAUUACCGUUACCUGCCAUGCAUUUUACUGUCGAAAUGAUGUUGCUUGGUACUUAACGCAUUGGUGUACAUCAUCGCGCAAGAGUAAUGUGGCAAAAUCAGUAAUGUCCAACAGUUCUAGUAAGACUAGUCAUACAAUUAAGUAAUAGAACUAUAAACACGUGAGGUGUGUACAUGUAGCAUUGUUCUUACAGCUUAAUGCUGACGCGUCAGUCACACCUACAGGCUACAUCUUUUUACAGGUGUCCCGGCCACAAUGAAAGAAAAUGUAAAAAAGAAACUCUUGUUUCUGACGCAACGCAAUACAACAAAGUGUCAAUAUUUAGAUGAACUACCACUUAUCUAUUUCUGUAAUUUGCAUGCCGUUUGUAGGUGAGGAAGGUAACCACACUACAGUACCUUUUAAUAGACCAAUCAAUUCAUCUUCCAAUUAUAUUAUCAUAUUUUGAAGUCAAAUAAGGAAAGUGUGUAUAUAGCAUCGACAGCACAAGCAUUAUAAGCCAAAGUUCCUCUCACCCAAUGUCCCCGUAACCAAAUAGUGUUUGUCAUCACAAAAUUUGAGAGAGAAGAGCACUCAGCAAAUUGAUUUGUAUUCAUGGCAGAUCAUCAGAGACAAAGGAUCCACCCUAUGGUGGGGGAAGCACCACCACCCCCAACAACCCCAUUGGUACCUCCAGGCUCUUCAAGAUCAGAAAAGGGUCUCCCUUUACACCAUCCUCCACCACUACGUGCCAUGCCAGCAGCAUACCCUACACCAAAAAAAGGAAGCUGCUUCUGCAAGUGCAUAUGUUGGACAAUAAGCUUACUUAUUCUCCUCCUCAUUAUCUUGGCUGCAAGUGUUGGAAUCCUCUACCUAGUCUUCAAACCAAAGCUUCCCGAUUACUCAGUUGACACCCUGAGGAUAAGUGAUCUGAGUCUUAACUUUGACAUGAGUCUGUACGCAAAGUUUGAUGUGAAGAUCACUGCAAACAACCCAAACAAGAAGAUUGGCAUCUACUAUGAAAAGGGUGGAAGGUUGAGUGUGUGGUACACAAGCACAAGGCUUUGUGAAGGGUCACUGCCACAGUUCUACCAAGGUCAUCAGAACAAAACUGUCCUCAAUGUGUCCUUGACUGGUCAAGUGCAAUCUGGAAGCACCUUGAUGACAGCACUGCAGCAGCAACAGCAGACAGGACGCGUUCCGUUGGAUCUGAAGGUGCAUGCACCAGUUGCCAUCAAACUUGGGAGGUUGAAGCUGAGGAAGGUGAGAGUCUUGGGAGAGUGCAUGUUGGUGGUGGAUAGCUUAUCAUCCAAUAAUCUCGUAAGCAUCAAGGCUAGCAACUGCAAAUUCAGAAUGAAACUUUGAUUUCCAUGAUGGGAGAGUUUGUCUUAGUUCAUGUCAUUUGUUUUUAUUCCUUGGUUUUUUGGACUGAAGACUUUAUUCUUUUAUGAAUAUCUUUUUUGGAUUCCCAUUUUUCUCUAAUUUCUUUUUAUCACAAUGUAUCAUCUAUCACUUCUAUACUUCUUUCUUAUUAUUUCUGUCUCUAGAUAUCAAUUAGCAUAUGGUGAUAUUUUGCAGCAGUUCCAUACAAUUUUUGUUAUCUUUUA